UAACAUGUGCAAAUUUUCCAAUUAAUUAGGUAGAAAUGAUUUUCUUGUAGGGAUUUUUUUUUUUUUAAUAAUUGAAUAUGUAAAAUUAUAAAAAGUGAAAAUUAUAAACAGAAGUUCCACUGCUUAGAAAACAAUUUAAUAGCACUUCGCAUUAUAAAUUUUUGUAGAGAAAAUUCUACACUCACGCAUCAAAAGCCUAAAAGAAAGAUUCUCUCGCCUUCACUACUGACCACUAAAGAAAAAACGAUGCCGUUUGAGUUGUUUCCAGGGAGUCGGAGUACGGACAGAGGGAAAAGAAAGCGGGGAGACGACGCCGGCGCUGGAAACCAGAAGGACGUUGUGACCAAGGAAGGAAAAGAAGCGGAGACGGCGACGGAUGAAGAAGUGGAGGAGUUCUUCUCCAUUCUUAAGCGAUUACACGCUGCGACGAAAUAUAUAGAGAAGAUCGACGGUGCGAGCCAUCUGUUGAUGGGAAAGAGAUCGAAGCGGAUGAAAUCGAACGAGGAAGAACGCGAUGAAGUUGGAAUUAGGGUUGAGAGAAUUCCAGAGCAGAAAUUGGACAGAAAUUUGGAUCUGGAUCUGAACUUAGAACCUGUAUGCGUUGGAUCGGAAGGCAAAUCAAGACAGAGUCAGAAUCUGAAGCCGUCUUGCGUUGAUUCGGCUGCGGUUUCUUGUCGGAAGUAGAAAUUUCGGGGAGAGGGGAAAUCGGCGGCUCUGAUCGUGGAUGAUGAAGAGGAAUGAAUUGAAAUUGGUUGCGGAUCCGGGUAAGACUGGCCCGAUCCAGACUUUUUAUUUAUAUGCAUAUAUAUAUAUAUAUAUAUAUAUAUAUAUAUUGCUAAUUUUUUGGAAUGAAUAAAAAAGAGUUGAUGGAUUGAUGAAAAUUGAAAUUAUAUUUGCAUCCAAGAUA